AGCCAAAGCGUAUCGAGAGCGUUUCCCUGUCACGUUAUAUUAAAAGCUUCAAAGAUGGCACCAAACACUUCAAAUGACGUCAACAGCUACAUAGCAGAGGUAGACGAUGCGGAAAUAAAUGAAGAAAUAAAACUCAAAGCGCCUCAAGCUGGACCUAGAAAAUACGAGAUCGUAUACAGAAAUAUAUUUACAAUAGGUUAUCUUCAUAUUGCUGCUUUCUAUGGUGUUUACCUUUGUUUUACUGCAGCAAAAUGGCAAACAGUGCUGUUUGCAUACUUAUCAUACGUGGCAGCAACAAUUGGAGUAACAGCAGGCGCUCAUAGACUCUGGUCUCAUAAGUCCUUCAAAGCCAAAAUACCUCUCCAAGUCAUCCUUAUGAUCUUCGUAUCUAUGGCUAACCAGAGAGUGACUCAUUGGGUCAGAGAUCAUAGACUUCAUCAUAAGUAUAGCGAUACGGACGCAGAUCCGCAUAAUGCUGCUCGAGGCUUCUUCUACUCCCAUAUUGGAUGGCUGUUUGUUAAGAAGCAUCCAGAAGUAAAGAAGAGAGGGAAGCUGAUAGACUUAUCAGAUUUGUUCAGCAAUCCUGUAUUGAAUUUUCAGCAUAGAUACUCAAAGUCUUUCAUACCGACCGUAUGCUUCAUCAUACCGACAAUAAUACCCGUACUGUUUUGGGGCGAGACGCUCUCCAACUCCUGGAACCUGGUCAUCAUGAGAUACGUCUUCAACUUCCACGUCUUCUUCCUAGUCAACAGCGCUGCCCACAUUUGGGGUAAUAAGCCCUAUGAUAAAAACAUCAUGUCGACUGAGAGUAAGGCAGUGGCCCUCGCAACUCUUGGAGAGGGAUACCAUAACUUCCACCACGUAUUCCCAUGGGACUACAGGAGUGCGGAGUUAAGGAAUACUGUUCUUAAUUAUACGAAGACAUUUAUAGAGUUAUGUGCGAAGAUCGGAUGGGCGUAUGAUCUCAAGACAGUGCCGUACGAGAUGGUUGUGUCCCGAGCGACGAGGACGGGUGAUGGGUCACUUUAUGCGAGUAAAUAAUUUAUUAAUAUUUCUCUUU